AGUUUGGGAAACACUGCUCUAGAAGUAAAAAAAAAACUACAUCUCCCAUGAAGCCCUGAGCCCCAGCAGAACCCUCACUGCAAGGGACGUGCCAUCCAUCCUCUUAUCUACCCAUUGGCUGGAAUGAGAAAAAAAAAAAAGGCGGCAUCCGUUGCCUCCUGCUGCCAGCGUCUCCCUGCCUGCAGGAGAGGUGCCAACCUUUCCUGGCAGAUGAGAAGUUACUCCCUGGCUGAAUUUGUGAAGCUCGUCUCCUUUGAGCAGGCCCGGAGUGCAGCCUUGACGUCCCGUGUUCGAGCAGAAAGGCGGGGGCCCCUUGACACAGUCAUGAAAACAGUAAUCAGGAGAGCCUCGGAGACCUGCAACCUGCUCCUCAAAAAACGUUGGAAACCAGGCAGGCCUGGAAGGAGCCAAGGCAAUGGAAGCAUCCAAGGCCCCCAAGAACCCCACCAGCAGCCGAGGCCUCUUCAACACCAACAUGGGACCUCUGCAGCGCCAGCUCCGCCUGGGCGAGUACAACCUGCUCAAGUGCGCUGCCAUGUUUGAAAGCGAUUUCGUCCAGGUCAGCAAGCAAGGUGGCAUCCUCGAUGUGCACAACCAGGUGCAGCAGGUGCGCGUCGCCAUUGCCGCCACCAGCCCCGGUCUUCCGGUGCCCGAUGUGCUGCUGCUGGCCCGGCCAGUCCUCCUCCCUCAACAGCUGCAACCAAACCUGCAGCACAGGUAUCGCCCCCGGGCUCGGAACAGGAAGUUUGAGCUCACCAGGCUCCUUCCGUUGUGCUUCGUCAAGAUCACCAUCCAUGACCAGGAGAAGAAGCAGCUGCGAUUCAAGUUGGUGACCGGCCGCACCUUCUACCUCCAGCUCUGUCCCCCAGCCGACAACCAGAAGGACAACUUUGACUUGUGGGUCAAAGUGGUCCAUCUUCUUCGCCCCCCCUCGGACAUUCACCAGGAUAAGUGGCGCCAAGACCCAUGGAAGUCUGGGGAUUUGGCUCCCCAAGCAACGGUUAGCUCUGCCACCCAGGCCUCGGAGGAGAGAGAGAUCUCCAUCGCAGAAGUGCUGAGCACCCUGCAGGAGGAGAUCCCGGACAGCCCCAGGAACACCAUGGACUUCCUGGACACUCCCAGCGUCUCCACAAGCCCCAGCCCAACCUUGGUGGCCAUCCAAGAGAGGCUGGAGGGCCCAUUCCUGCUGGAGCCCCAGAGUUCCAUGGAGGAGCCCUGGAGGGUCUCCCAGGAGAGGACGAAGGAGAGCCCGAUGGAGCCGUCGCCCACCGGCAGAUACGAGACCCGAGUUGCUCAGAAGGAGAUCCAGGAGGGGGCCCAUGGGGCAGGAGGUCAAAGAAAGAGCAAAACAAGAAGCAAGUCGAGCCAAUCUCGCCGAAGCCGUUCGUCCAAGAGAGUUGUGAGCCAGGCGUCCAGGAAACUCUCCUCCUUAAUGGGCUCCUUGUCUGGGAGCAACCAGAAAGUGUCCAAGAGUUCCCACAGCAGCCGGAAGCCCCCGACCAGCAAAGAAAGGAAACGCUGAGCAGCAGCAGCACCCCCACCCACCCCCACCCCCCCUUGAGAAGAAUCA